AUGCUUACUAGACUUCUGCUUAGGGUUUUUUCACAUUUUAAAGCAUCCAGAAUGACAUUUGCAACAAGUAAUGAAUGGAAACCACGGUACUUUGAUAUCGGUGUUAAUUUUUCAGAUUCCAUGUUUCAAGGUUGUUACAACGGUUCAACUACUCCAAAGCACCCAGCAGAUAUAGACAAGGUCAUCGCCAGAGCACACUUGUUUAAUGUGAACAAGAUGUUGAUUACAGCGUCAUCUAUCCAAGAAAGUGAAGAACAUUUCGCUUUAUGUAAAGAGCAUCCAGGUAUGUUCUAUUCCACAGUAGGUGUUCAUCCAUGCACAGUGGCUCAGGAAUUUUAUCAAAAAGACGAAGAAAUGAAUGAGUUCACAGAAGAGUUGGUUCCUGAUGUUGAAAAUAGGCUAAACAAAUUACGUGAUCUUGUAAAAUUGGGAUAUGAAAAUGGUUACGUGAAGGCAUUUGGUGAAAUUGGCUUAGACUACGAUCGAUUUCAUUAUGCAUCUAAGGAACAGCAAAUAACAAUGUUCGGUAAACAAUUAGAAGUGAUAUCUUCAUUAAAAGAGUUAAAACUUCCAUUGUUCUUACAUAUGAGAAGUGCUUGUGAUGAUUUCAUAUCAAUUAUUAAACCUUUCAUUGAUAGAGGUGAUAUUUUAAAGGGUAAUGGCGUAAUUCACUCUUUUACAGGCUCAAAGGAAGAACUUGAAAAAUUAUCAGAAUUAGGUUUCUAUAUCGGUAUUAAUGGCUGUUCUUUGAAAACAGAUGAUAAUUUAGAAGUAGCCAAAUUGAUCCCGAAAGACAAAUUAAUGAUCGAAACCGAUGCUCCUUGGUGUGAAAUUAGGAAAAGCCAUUCAAGUUAUAAAUAUAUUACUCCUUACCCAAACCAGUUUUAUCCCGAAAUAUCAAUGGAAGAGCCUAAGCCAUCUUCAGUUGAAGAUGAAUCAAAUGGAACACACGUACAAGGUAAACAAAAACAGAAGCAAAAGCAAGCAUCCAAACAACCCCAAAUUAAGUUUGACGACUUCUUACCUUUUCCAACGAUUAAGAAGGAGCACUUUGCUAAGCAUCAAAACAUAAUAGACACAAUUGCAAAACAGCGUAAUCUAGAAAAGAUAACGCAACCAAUAGGGGAAUUUGCAUAUCCAUUAAUAAGAUCUCGAAACGAACCAGUAUUUGUGGGCUACGUUGCUGAAAUAAUGUGUGAAUUAUAUGACAUCAAAGAUCCUAAAGAUAUCGCAGACUUCAUUGAUUUAAUUUAUGAGAAUACUUGCAAAUUAUUCCAAAUAUAG